AUGCCGUCUCAUCGAUCUACUGAUUCCAACGAGUUUGAUCAUGAUGAACCAUCAACAUCUUCACCAUCACAACAACAUGUCGAAUAUGAUCCUGUGGUGUUUCACAUAUCAAGUUAUUUCAAAUUAACCCUUUCUCAACUUCGUUAUAUCACUUUCACUAUCGUUGGGAUUGCGUUAUUAUGGCCUUGGAAUGCUUUCUUAUCUGCAUCAGCUUAUUAUGGUGAUAGAUUCAGUCAUUCUCCUAAUCUUAUUAAGAUUUAUUCAUCGACUAUGAUGUCUGUAUCAACUAUAACUUCCACCUUAUAUAAUUAUUACUUAUCCCAAGCUCAAGCUGGGGUAAGUUAUAAAUUCAGAGUGAAUAUUGGUCUUUGGUUAACUAUCUUUGUAUUUAUAUUCAUGUCCAUAUCAUGUAUAUCAGAUUUAUUAAUCAUGAUGGAUGACAUUGCGUUUUUCAGUAUUUUAAUGAUAAUGGUAUUAAUGUCAGCUAUGGCCACAUGUUUAGCUCAAAAUGGUACCAUGGCUAUUGUUAAUGUUUUAGGUGGAAUAUAUGCUAAUGCAGUUAUGGUAGGUCAAGCUGUAGCUGGUGUUUUACCUGCGUUAGCAUUGAUUAUUUCUAUCUUAUUAGUGGGUGAUAAAAAGUCUAAUUCAACUGAUGAAGAUUAUCAUGUCGAAAAGAACUAUGGUGUGUUUGUUUAUUAUAUUACUGCCAGUUUAAUUUCCAUAAUUUCUAUAUUAUUGGUUUAUUGGAUUAAUCAUCAUAAAGUUGAAUCCGCUUAUAAUGCUUUAAAUGAGAUAGCUGAAGAAGAACAACCAUUAAAUUCCUCAUCUGAUAUCAUUGAUGAACCAGACAUUAAACAAAAACAACAUGUUCCAUUCUCCGUAUUAUGGUCUAAAUUAAAGCUUAUUGUUCUGACUAUUUUCCUUACCUUCAGUAUCACCUUAAUCUUCCCAGUAUUUGCAUCAACUAUCGAAUCAGUUCAUAUCAAUUCAACCUUUUGGUUCUAUAGAAAGGAAAUUUAUAUUCCAUUUAUCUACUUAAUUUGGAAUUUAGGUGAUUUAUUAGGUCGUAUUUUAUGUGGUUAUCCAAGAUUACAUAUGAUCAUAACUAAUCCAAAAACAUUAAUACUUUAUUCUAUUUCCAGAUUGGUCUUUAUUCCAUUAUUUUUCACAUGUAAUAUUCAUCCAUAUACCGCUGCAAAUCAAUCAAGUGCCAUUAUAAAUUCAGAUGCUUGGUAUAUUUUAUUACAAUUAUUAUUUGGAAUUUCAAAUGGUCAAUUGUGUACUUCGUGUUUCAUGAUUGUAGGGGACUUCUGUGAUACAGAUGAAGAAAAAGAAGCUGCUGGUGGAUUCACCAGUGUAUUCUUAAGUGUAGGAUUAGCUGCAGGCAGUGUGUUAAGUUAUUUACUUGUUAUUGCUAUAGAUUAA